AUGUCAACGACGCGCCUUACCUUCCUAUACCCUCAUCUUUUCCGGUCAAUCAGGGUCAGUGAAGUAGCGUCACAAUCACUUCAAUCAAAGAGCCGGACAUUACCUCCAUCGUGUCGAAAACCGAGGGGCUUCGUAACGACGAGAAAGAGCGAGCAACGAUUUGUGCGACGACAUGGAAAAGCCGUAGAGCCCUUUCUGGCAGAAGGGGAAACUGGAGAAAACACGAAAGUUCUUACUCCAAGCGAGACGGUAACAAGCAGUCCAUCAGGCAAAGAUUUGAGUCCGGAUCCCAAUGACACGAGCAAAGCGGCAGAAGCUCAGGACAAGUCUACUCCUGCGCCCAAGGAGCCCUCGGCCUCCGAGCCCUUAUCGGACGAGGUGAUUGCAGCAGAACGGUUACCAGGCGACGAUGGGAAGUACGUGGAAGAUAUGGAAGCAAAACAAAAAGCGGAUAGGGCUGCAGCGGGGGCAAGUACAAAACCACCCGCAAGUGAGAAGAAGUCACCCACGGAAACCAUCCUUGAAAUGCCACCCCCUCCCACCGCAGAGGAAGAAAACGCCUCCAAACCUCCACACCUCCAGACUCCUCCAUAUGUCCAUCAUUUCGACACGUACUCCCUAGUACAACAGGUCGAGCAAGGCGGGUUCACGAAUGACCAAAGUAUCACUGCAAUGAAGGCUGUUAGGGGUUUAUUGGCUUUAAAUUUAGAUGUUGCUAAAGCAGGUCUCGUGAGCAAAAGCGACGUUGAGAAUGAAAGUUAUCUCUUUCGCGCCGCUUGCUCAGAGCUGAAAACAGAGGUUGAAAACUCUCGAAAAGCUAGUGAAGAAGCCAUGCGCCGAGAAAGAACACUCCUACAACACGAAGUGGAUAUUUUGAAUCAAAAACUCACGCAAGAAGUUUUAACUCUUAAAGACGAGUUGAAAGGGAUGUUCGAUGAUCGAAAAAUGGCUGUUCGACAAGAACAACGGGCCAUGGAGAGUGCUAUUCAAGAACUAAAUUACAAAAUUACGGUUUCUCUUAACAGUGACAGCAAGUCCGAGGUUGAGGGACUCCGCUGGGUAUUGACCAGGCGGUCUGUGAUGGGUAUUUUGUUCAUGGCAUUCAUGGUGUUGACAUCGCUGCGCUAUGCCAGUUACAAGUCACAUGAAGAUGAGGAACUGAGGAAAAAAGCAGCGAGGUCGAAGAAGGAAGAGCCGCUCCCCCAUUUCGAAGAUCUCCCCGCGCAUAGAGUCGCAGAAAUCUUGACGGCGAAUUAA